AUGGUCUUCAAGUUCGAGUCGCGCGCCGAGGCGACGGCGCUGCUCAGGCGCCGCUCUCGGGACGCGGCAGUUGCAUUGCUGAAUAAAGAGUUUACUGCGCAGCGCUGGACGCUGCGCAAAGAGCUCAAGCUGUCGGUGCGGCCGCUGGUAACCCUGCGCUACUUCCGCAGGGCCGUGGGAGCGGUGCGCGCGCCGGCGCCCGGCGCGCGCGAGCUGUGCGCGGGCGGCGCGGUCCUGGUCGUCGCGUACGCGGUCGCGCUCGUGGCGCGCGGCGCCGUCGGCGCGCGAGCGGCCGGGCACGCGGCGCGCGCGUUGGCCGCGGCGAGCUACUGUUUGUGGUGGUUCCUCUGCGGCGUGCUCUCCUGUGUGGAAAUCAAAAUUUUACGGCGCGUUCUGCUGAAUCGUCGCGUCCUGCUGAAUCGUCGCGUCGUCCUCCACGCCAUCGACGCGACGCCUGCUCGACGGCGUGGCGGUGUGAAUUCCUCACCGCUCGAUCGAGCCAGGACGGCCGCGUCAUCGCCGAGAAAUGACUUAGUGAAGAAUUGUCGGGUGCACCCGACACACUGGUUGAUUUCCACACAGGUCCUCUCCACCGCGGGCCUGGGCACGGGCAUGCAGACGGGCGCGCUGUUCCUGUUCCCCCACUGCGCGCGCCUCGCCACGGACUGGCGCAACCUCGGGCCUGCGUCAGCGACGACGCGCGCCCUCGCGGACCGUUGGCUCGCGAAGGGGGCGCCGGCCAAGGACGCGGGACGCCCCGCGGGCGGCGACGCGGGCCCGGGCGCGAGCGAGGCGCCGGCGGCCCGCGCGGCGCCCGCUUCCUCGUUCCUGGGGGGCUUGAGGCGCGGCGCCGGCGGCGUUUCCCUGGGCGCCGCGCGCGGCGGCGAGGCCGACGCCGCGCGCGCCGCCGCCUCGUUCCGCGCGCGGUCGCGCGACGGCCGCGCGGCGCUGGCCCUGCGAGCGGCGGUGCCCGGGUUCUUCUCCGGUGCGGGCUCGGCGGUGGGCGAGCUCGUCCCCUUCUUCCUCGCCCGCGCCGCGAGGCGCGCCGGCGCCGACCCCUUCGCCGUGAUCGAGGAGGAAGAGGCGGCGGCGGACGACGGGGCGCCGGCGCGGCGGCCGCGGCUCCCGCUGCUGGCCGCGCGGACGCGCGCACGCCUGUGUGGAAAUCAAAUUUACGGCGCGUUCGUUCGCGUCGACCUCCACGCCAUCGACGCGACGCCACCUCGAUGGCGUGGCGAUGUCGGUUCCUCACCGCUCGACGGAGCCAGCGCGGCCGCGUCAUCGCCGAGAAAUGACUUAGUGAAGAAUUAUCGGGUGCACCCGACACUGGUUGAUUUCCACACAGGUGAUCGCCUCGAGGCGGCGCUCGCGGACGGCGCGUUCUGGAAGAUCUUCGUCCUCGCGGCCCUGCCGAACCCGUUCUUUGAUUUGUGCGGCCUCGUGUGCGGCUCGCUCGACGUGUCGCUCGGGACUUAUUUCGGCGCAUGUUUCGCCGCCAAGGCGCUCGUCCGGACGCCGCUCCAGACGUGCGCCGUCGCGCUCGCCGUGCACCGCGUCGGCGGCGCGCCGGCGCCGCCGCGGGCCCUCGCCCGCGUCGCGCGCGGCGCCUUCCUGGCGCUGUCGUCGCUCCUGUUCGCGUGCUUCCUCGUGAGCGCGCUCGAGCAGAUGGCGCAGCAGCGCGCCAUAGCCGAGCUCCGGGCGGACUACGACAGCAUCCUCCUCGCUGGCGAGGACGCGUAG